CCAGUUGACAAGUUAAAUGGAUUUGUAUCUGCUUUCCUCUUCUCCAUUGAAACCGAAACUACCAUUGGUUAUGGAUAUAGGGUGAUCACAGACAAGUGUCCAGAGGGAAUUGUUUUACUGCUAGUCCAGGCCAUUCUUGGGUCCAUAGUCAAUGCUUUCAUGGUGGGCUCCAUGUCUCUAGUCUCCCAGAGUCCCCUAGUCUCUCAGUGUCCCCAUGUCUCACAGUGUCCCCUAGUGUCCUAGUGACAUCGGGACACUGGGAGACAUGAGGACACGGACUCUAAGAGACACUGGGAGACAUGGGAUGCAGGGAGAGAUGAAGACACUGGGCGACUUUGAGACAUGGGGCACUCCCAGUGUCCCCAUGUCUCCCAGGAAGUGUCCCUAGUAUCUCAGUAUUCCCAUAUCUCCCAGUGUCUCAAUGUCCGUAGUGUGCCAGUGUCCCUAGUGUCUCAGUGUUUCCUAGUCUCCCAAAGUCCCCUAGUCUCCCAGUGUCCCCUAGUAUAAAAGAAAAAAAAAUAUCAGGCACUCACUGUGAUCGAUUUAAGCAGGUUUAGUGGACAUUGCAACGUUUUGACCUGUAUCAAGUCUCUAGGGUCCAAUAUGCAUCACAGUGUCCCCUAUAUAUCAGAGUGUCUCAGUGCCCCAUCUCUCCCAGUGUCCCUGGUGUAUCUCAGUGUCCAUAAUGUCUCAGUGUUCCCUAGUCUCUCAGAAUCCCCUAGUCUCCAAGUGUCCCCAUGUUUCACAGUGCCCCCAAGUAUUAAAAAUAAAAAUAAAACUCAGGCACUCACUGUGAUAGAUUUAAGCAGGUUUAUUGAACACCACAACGUUUUGACCGGUACCCAGGUCUUUAUCAAGUCUCCAGUGUCCCCUAUGUAUCACAUUGUAGCAGUGCAUCAUGUCUCACAGUGUGCCCUCAUGUCUCAAAGUCACCCAGUGUCCCCAAGAGUCUCAGUGUCCCCAGGUCUCCCAGUGUCCCAAUGUCUCAAUGUCCCCUAGUGACACUGGGAGACAUGGGGACACAGAAAUGCCCCAUUUUUGUGUAUGUUUGUUCAUUUCCGGACUUCUGGUUGUGAUUAGUGUCAGUGGCCCACCCUUUUACCCCAUCCAUAGACUUCCUGAGUUACUGGACACUGCUGUUAGAGGGUAUGGGUUUACUUGAAAGCGUGAGAUUAGCAUAGGGUAUGUGUUUUCUCAUAGCUGCAUCCUAUGAGUUUCCCUACAGCACCAUCUCCAUCAGAUACAUGACGCUUAGGAGGUAGGACUCUUAGUGUUUUUGGUCAAUAAGAUUUUGUAAUUAGGCCCAUCAGAAUUGUCAGCACCAGGCUCUUAAUUUGGUCCUGAUUACAGUAGAGGGAGGUACAGUAGGUAUACAGUGUGUAUAUUUUAUUUAUAUAGCGCUAACAGGUGUACUCAGUACUUAACAGGUUACAUUAGAGUAGAGGAAGGUACAGUAGGUAUACAGUAUAUUUUGUGAAUUAAAAUAAAUGAAAAAACCUCUGCAAGUUCCUCACUAUGGAAAUCGGGUGAGUGAUGCUAUUUUCUUAUAUUUCAGUGAGGUUGUCUGCUUACAUAAUGAGUAACAGCAGAGUCUGGUGAUUUUUAAAUACUAUUCAGUUGAUGAGAUCUGCUACUAAUGCUCAUCUCUCCACAGAUAGGAAGUUGAACCUCUCCCUGCACAACAAAGCAAAGAUGAGUUCUUGCAAAUUUAUGAACCAGGACAUUGAGAACAGAGUUAGUAAGAUGCCAAAGCAGGUGCAGAAAAAUCAAGUGGUAGUCACCAACCGUACCAUGGUGGUCGCUGAGCCAGAGAAAAGACGAAGGCAGAGGUACGUUGAGAAGGAUGGCAAGUGUAAUGUGCACCAUGGCAAUGUUCGUGAGACAUACAGAUACCUUACAGACAUCUUUACCACUUUGGUGGACCUCAAGUGGAGGUUUAACUUGUUGGUUUUCACAAUGGUCUACACAAUCACUUGGAUUUUCUUUGGAUUCAUAUGGUGGCUCAUUGCCUACAUCCGUGGUGAUCUUGACCAUAUUGAGGAUAACAGCUGGACACCCUGCGUUGACAAGUUAAAUGGAUUUGUAUCUGCUUUCCUCUUCUCCAUUGAAACCGAAACUACCAUUGGUUAUGGAUAUAGGGUGAUCACAGACAAGUGUCCAGAGGGAAUUGUUUUACUGCUAGUCCAGGCCAUUCUUGGGUCCAUAGUCAAUGCUUUCAUGGUGGGCUGCAUGUUUGUAAAGAUCUCCCAGCCAAAGAAAAGGGCAGAGACCCUGAUGUUUUCCAACAUGGCUGUGAUCUCAGUGAGGGACGGAAAGCUGUGUCUCAUGUUCCGAGUGGGUGAUCUGCGAAAUUCACAUAUUGUAGAAGCAUCGAUCAGAGCUAAACUGAUAAAGUCCAAGCAAACCAAGGAGGGAGAAUUCAUCCCUCUCAACCAGACCGAUAUCAAUGUGGGGUUUGACACUGGAGAUGAUCGUUUGUUCCUGGUUUCACCCCUUAUUAUCUGCCAUGAGUUCAACGAGCAAAGCCCAUUUUGGGAAAUGUCCAAAGACCAGCUGGGAAAAGAGGAGUUUGAAAUAGUGGUGAUUUUGGAAGGAAUGGUGGAAGCCACAGGUGAGAAUCAGAAAUGGAGAUGUAGUUUCUAGGGUUUAAUGUUUAAGGAAUGAAAAGUUCACUAAAGAAAAUACUUUGAGUUACUUUCAUGAAAAUACAGGCCACAUCAUUUUACAGUCACUGAUAUCUCAUUAAUGUGCGGACAUUUACAGGUGAUACUCUAAAAAUUAGAAUAUCGUGCAAAAGUUCAUUUAUUUCAGUAAUGCAACGUAAAAGGGGAAACUAAUAUGAGAUAGAUGCAUUACAUGCAAAGCAAGAUAGUUCAAGCGUGAUUUGUCAUAAGUGCGAUGAUUAUGGCUUACAGCUCAUGAAAACCCCAAAUCCACAAUCCCAGUAAAUUAGAAUAUUACAUGCAAUCAAUAAAACAAGGAGUGUACAUAGAACAAUAUUGGACCACUGAAAAGUAUAAGCAUGCAUAUGGACUCAGUACUUGGUUUGGGCCCCUUUUGCAGCAAUUACUGCCUCAAUGUGGCGUGGCAUCAAAGCUAUCAGCCUGUGGCACUGUUGAGGUGUUAUGGGAGACCAGGAUGCUUCAAUAGUGCCCUUCAGCUAUUCUGCAUUGUUCGGUCUCAUCUUUCUCUUGGCAAUGCCCCAUAGAUUCUCUAUGGGGUUCAGGUCAGGCGAGUGUGCUGGCCAAUCAAGCACAGUAAUCCCACGGUCAUUGAACCAGGCUUUGGUGCUUUUGGCAGUGUGGGCAGGAAAAUGAAGUAAGCAUCCCCAUAAAGCUCAUCUGCGAAAGGAAGCAUGAAGUGCUCCAAAAAUCUCCUGGUAGGAGGCUGCGUUGACCCUGGACUUAAUGAAGCACAGUGGACCAACACCAGCAGAUGACAUGGCUCCCCAAAUCAACACAGACUGUGGAAACUUCACACUGGACUUCAAGCAUCUUUUAGUGUGUGCCUCUCAUUCUUCCUCCAGACUCUGGGUCCUUGGUUUCUAAAUGAGAUGCAAAAGUUGCUCUCAUUAGAAAAGAGGACUUUGGACCACUGUGCAACAGACCAGGUCUGUUUUUCUUUAGCCCAGGUAAGACGCUUUUAACGUUGUUUGUUGUUCAGUAGUGGCUUGACAAGAGGAAUACAACAUCUGAAGCCCAUGUCCAGGAUCCGUCUGUGUGUGGUGGCUCUUGAUGCACUGACUCCAGCCUCAGUCCACUCCUUGUGAAAGUCCCCAACACAUUUGAAUGGCCUUUUCCUGACAAUCCUCUCCAGGCUGCGGUCAUCCCUGCUGCUUGUGCACCUUUUUCUUCCACAUAACUUUCUAUUAAUGUGCUUUGAGUGGGGCGGGGCCUGACUGCCGAGCCAGGUGGACGCAGGUAGCAAGAGCUCCUGCAACAAGCUACUUACUGAGCGAAAUUUCCACGGAUACAUGCGGCAUCUGGACACACACAGGCUGCCAAACGACGGAGAAACUUGAAACCUACCAUUAGACACCAAACACGUGGAUUUCUCAUCCGUUCCUGCUCGGCUCCAACAUGUGGCCUACACACGCGAACAGCGCGGGGGAGACAGCCACUCGCCCGCCGCCUCCAAACUCAGUGGCUAUCAACCAAAGUCUGCUUCCCCCCCCCCCCUCUGGACCGGCAGGGGUCAUUCCGGUCCGCACCCAACCAGCUCACAAUCUGCGGCAGAUCUACUUGCCCUCCUGCAACCUGAGCCCCACGUGCAAGAUGGCCGUGGCUGAUCAUGCUCCCACUCAAAGGCCCGCGCAGACCCUGCACGAGCGGCUAGAUGUUCUAUUCCACCGCUUCUGGGAACAAAUAGAGUGCAGAACUGCCCAACGCCCCCCAUCGAUACACGUGAGAUCACGGGGCGAAGCGGGCCCAUCCUGGGCGAAAUGUUGCACCAAACCAGCACUCAACACAAGAAGAGCCCUUCCAGGUCUGGGGUCACGAGGGAACUCUCUCCAAGGCAUCGACCACGACGUCGGAAGAUCACCAGGCAUUACCGCAGCGCCCAAUAUGGGAAUGACCCGGCCUCACAGAGACCUUGAGUCAAUGGCCUACGGAUGCUGACCCUGCAUGGAGCCUGGAGCUGGGGAGGGACCGCCUGCCAACUGCGACUCCUGCCGACAAGCUGCAACCCCCAAGUACCUACCACACAGAAACCCAGCAGAGGAAUAGGCUGAGGAAUAGGCCUGGGACCUACACUCCCCAUGUCCCACAGGCGGACAGACAAGAAGGGGAUGAUGUAACAGCUUGCUACCGGACGGAAUGCACAACCCCUCGUCUAAGAUCACUUGUGGACAAUGCACUGCCACCUGACCAGCCAAGAGGCUUGCCAACUUGGACACACCUUUGCAAGCUAUACUGUAGUUUCACGUCUCAGCCCAGCACGGUUCCCGAAAGACUUUCCAACUGGCGGGCCUGGCAGCAGCACGAUGGACACACUUGUUCUUUCAGAUAUCAAGCCAGCCGGUACAGCUCAGCAGGGUGGGGGCCAGGGACAGUGGCAGCAUGUAUAA